AUGGAAAGCACCUCGUACUUCACACUGACUCUGAUGGUUCUCUUCCUCAGCUGGACUUGUUAUGCUGAUGAGGAUGCAAAGGGCCUCUCCUGCCCAGAAAACCAGGAAGGUUUCGACGGCUCUUGCUACGAGUUUGUGGGUCUGCAGCGAUCCUUCCUCAGUGCCCAGGGAUGGUGUGAGCGAGGCGGAGGACACCUAGCCUUCAUUCUGAAUGAUGAAAUCCAGCAGUUCCUUCAGAAGCACCUGGAGCAGGAGAAGGACUGGUGGCUCGGGCUGGCCCCUGCAGCUCCAAACCUCACACUGGACACUGCUGCCACUGAGGGUUCCCUUGCAUGGCUUGAUGGCUCAGAUGUCAGCUACAGUAACUGGGUGAACAUGCCAAAUGCUCAGGCAGCCUGCGGACACAUCCUGAAACACUCAAGCUUCCAAUGGGAAGCAGCGGGGAACUGUAGUCAGGAACUUAACUUCAUUUGCCAGUUUGAAUCUGGGAAAUCAAUUGCGUGUGAUGGCCAAAAUGCAACACUGCAGUGUGGUUCUGGUCAGGUUAUAGAGAUAGUUGACAGCUUCUACGGUCGCAAAACCAUCCAUUACUGUCGUUCCAAACUCACGGGCACACCCACAUCAUCCCAGGAGGAGUGCAGCUGGAUCGAUGUGACAGAUUCUGUUUCAGCUCAUUGCCAUGGACUGCAGGCUUGCCAGGCUCCAGUUGAUCUGAGCGCUUUUGGUGAACCAUGUCCUAUGCUGAGGAGUUACCUCUCUGUGGAGUACAACUGCAAAGAUGGAAUCCACCUGUCGAUGAGCAAGCUAGCGGCCGUCUUUGAUGAUGUCACCUUCACUGUGAAGUGGCUCCUUCAACCUUUUCAGGGAAACCUCACAUGCACAGUGAACGCUGGAGACGGCCAUAUAGUCGAUCCAUACAGCCCAGAGCAGAUGGAGAGCAAUGUUAUGCACAAAUACAGUCAGCCUGGUGUUUUCAUGGUCGGUGUGGAGUGCACCACCAGUGACUGGCACGUUACAGCUCAGAAAGCCAUCACCAUUCAGGAGCGCAUUGGAGAUUUUGGUGUCAUAAAGUGCAAUAGCAGGAAUAUGUCAACAGAUGGCUCUAAAUGCAAUGUGCUGCAUGAUCGACCUGUUCAGAUCCAGGUUGUUGUAGAGGCUGGUACUAAUGUUUCUUACAAAAUUCAACAUAAAGACCACGUGGUUGCAAACUUAUCUGUGGACAGAGGGAUCAUACCACACAACAUUAUGAGCCAAAAUGUGGUUACGAGGCUCGGACAUGGCUGCCACAACCUGACUCUGACUGCCUCAAACAAGGUCACAGCCCACACUGUGUCCUCCCAUCUGGAGCUGUGUCUGCUGGAGCCUGUUGAAGGCCUGAAGGCCUCGGUGAUAUCAGAGGAAGAUAAGUGUCCUGACUCUACUGAUCUCAUUGUUGGUGUUUCAUUGGAGCGAGGAGCUCCUGCAGAACUGCUCUUUACUCUGACUGGAGCAAAGGACAACAUCUCCGAGACCAGGGAUAUGCUAAAUGCUAGCUUACAAUCUUUUACAUUCUCUAGCACACUUGAAGGAUUGUUGAAGGUAAAUGUAAAAGCCAUGAAUGCUCUUUCCACCUUUGAUGUGGACGUGGACUUGGAGAACAUACUUCAGGCUUGCCAGAAUUGGUCUGACUUUUCAUCAGAUGAGCAUGAAGACAGCAAUCAAAGUGUCGAGGAAUCUAAUAAAUUGAAAAUGAUUGUGACUCCAGACUCUGUGGUUGACUACACUCAGAGUGUCACACUGAGCGAGGAGUUCGGGGAGGCUUUGGAGAAGGACUUUCGGUUGGCCUCAAGGAAGUUCUGGCAAACCGUCCGACGGCCCCGGAAGGGAAAGCAGGGCUUGCCCCAGGCUGUUAUCAGCAGGGGUGGAGAACUGCUGAACCGAACUGGGGACAUUGUUGGGCGGUGGAAGGAAUACUUUGAGGAACUCCUGAACCCAGACAACAAGUCCUCUGAAGAGGAGGCAGAGUCUGAAGAUCUAGGGGAAGCCUUACCACUAACCUUGGCAGAGGUCACUGAGGCAGUUAGAAAGCUCCUCAGUGGCAAGGCGCCAGGUGUGGAUGAGAUUCACCCUGAGAUGCUAAAGGCUCUGGACAUUGUUGGGCUGUCUUGGCUGACACGCCUUUUCAAUCUGGGACAGUGCCUGUGGAGUGGCAGACCGGUGUGGUGGUUCCCAUUUUCAAAAAGGGGGACCGGACGGUGUGCUCCAAUUGUCGGGGUAUCACACUUCUCAGCCUUAUGGGGAAAGCUUACUCUAGGGUGCUGGAAAGGAGGCUCCGGCCGAUUGUCGAACCUCGGAUACAGGAGGAACAAUGUGGAUUUCGUCCCAGCCGUGGGACAGUGGGCCAGCUCUUUACCCUCGCAGGGCUUCUUGGGGGAGCAUAGGAAUUUGCUCAUCCAGUCUACAUUUAUUUUGUGGAUUUGGAGAAGGCUUUUGACCAUGUCCCUCAGGGGAUCAUGUGGGGGGUACUGCGGGAAUAUGGGGCCCCGGGGCCAUUGGUACGAGCCAUCCAGUCCCUGUAUGAUCAAAGUGGGUGCUGUGUCCGCAUCCUUGGCACAAAAUGACGUGGUUUUGUUGGCUUCCUCAAGCUGGGACCUCCAGCAGGCAUUGGGGCGGUUUGCAGCUGACUGCAAAGCGGCUAGGAUGAAGGUUAGCACCUCAAAGUCCGAGGCCAUGGUUCUCUGCCGGAAAAAGGUGGAUUGCUCUCUAUUUUGGAGUGAGUCCUUGCCCCAAGUGGAGGAGUUCAAGUAUCUCAGGGUCUUGUUCAUGAGUGAGGGUAGGAUGGAGUGUGAGAUUGACAGACGGAUUGGCUCGGUGUCAGCAGUAAUGCAGGCGUUGUGCCGGACCGUUGUGGCGAAGAGGGAGCUGAGCCUGAAGGGUGUCCUCAAAAAAUGCUACUCUGAAGCAGGAACUAAGCCUCCUGUAGAGAAGCAGGAUGGCAAUACUGAAUAUGUUGUACACAGCAAAUAUCUGAAGAUUUCAAGGGACGCUGUGCAUAACAUCAGUGUGAUUGCUUAUGGCAAGAAGGAUCCAGGCUUUGUCAAGUUCACGCUACCAAUUCCAGGUCCUGAUCCAACUGAACCAGCAACAAGUGAUGCACCUGCAGACCCCACCACCCUCUCUUGUAGCAUCUCUCCACCUUCAGGAACAGUGCUGGAUGCUUUUGACAUAAGCUGCGAACCUCUGCGCUGCAGUAAUACAAACGAGGUGAAAUCUGUCUUCCUGCCUCUCGGGGACAAAAACAACAAUUACAGUUUGUCUGUUGUUGUGACCAUGCAAAAUGAAAAUGAGAAAGCCACAACAACCAUCUCCACUCAGGUACUGACGAGCAGAUCCAGCUCCUCUGUGGAGGCUCUCACAUCUGCGGUGGAGGACUCUGUGAGUCAGUUGGAGCAGCAGGGUCUGCUCUCUGGUGAGGCACUGGGACAAAUGUUUACCUCAGUAUCUGACAUGCUGAAUACAGAGCUCAUCCAAGAACAGAAGGAUGCGAGGAGGAAGCUCAGAGAGAAAAUGUUGACCAAAAUGACCACAGUUCUUCUGGACUCACCCAGCAACACGACUCAGGGCGUGCAAGUGACGGCCAGAGCUGUGGCUGGACUCACCCAGCGACCAGACGAGCUCAGUGUUAAUGCUCAAGAAGAAGCUGGGUCAUUGCUAGUUGACCUCAGCUCCUCCCUCAACAUGAUCAGUGUUAAUCAGGACAUCAGUGAUGAGGAUGAUGAUGAUGGAGAGGUUUUGCAAGCAGCUACACCCAUAGUUGAAGCAGCCAGUAAUAUUUUGAAUGUUUCAUCAAAUGUGAAAAAAAGUCUCAGAUUUUCUUCUUACUGGAUAAACAACGUUCAGAGUGCUAUGCUGAAUAAUAGGAAGCUGAAUGGAGAACCUGCCAUUAUUGAUUCUGGACACAUCAGUGUGUAUGUCAACAGAGUGUCUCCAGGAAAGAUGCAAAUGCAGGAUAUUAAUGUCCAGAAAAACAGCUCCUCCAGAUUUUCUUUCCCAACGCUGCCUGCUCAUAUUGUCUCUCCAGAUGAGCCAGUGGAUGUCAGGAUGAUGAGUUUUGAGACAAAUCCAUAUUCCUGGAAGGGGGAAAACAUCACAGGGACUGUAGGAUCGGUCUCUCUGACCAGAUUGAACGGCUCUGUCAUUCCUGUAAAGAACUUACCUGAAGAGAUUGAGAUUCUCUUGCCGAGGCUUGAUGUCGGGCAGGAGAACAGCACAGUCCUAGACCUUGCCAAUUUCAGCACAUUAAUAAUUGACGUCCCGUCGCCGGAUGUAACACUGGUGCUGAAAAUGGAGCCGUCUGAAGACAUUUCCUUCCUGCUAUUCCUGGGGUACAAAGAUUAUCCAAAUGAUGAGAAUUAUGUUGCCAAGACUCGUAUGCCUCUUGAGAAUUCCAAAGAAGAGGAGAAAUAUACCUGGGUGCUGAGUCCCAAAGACAGAACAGCAGAUGUUGGAGUGCACUACCUCGUCAUGAAGCCCAUUGUGGAGCCAGGGGUCAAAUCCCUCAAUGCUACUGUCAGUGUGGUUUCCAUUGCUGCCCAGUGUAAAUACUGGAAUGAAACUGGAUCCACUUGGAGUGAAGAUGGUUGCAGAGUCGGACCGCUCACAAGCCCACUGGUGACUCAGUGCCUCUGUAACCACUUAACUUUCUUUGGCAGCUCUUUCUUUGUCAUGCCCAACUUGGUGGACGUGUCACGCACUGCAGAACUUUUCGCAACAUUCACUAACAAUCCUGUGGUGGUUUGUUUUGUGGGCGCCAUCUUUGCUGCUUAUCUUCUGGUGGUUGUGUGGGCACGCAGGAAAGACAUUCAGGACUCAGCCAAGGUGAAGAUAACAGUGCUUGAAGAUAAUGACCCCUUGGCUGAGUACCGUUAUUUGCUGAAUUUGAGCACAGGGCAUCGUCAUGGUGCAUCCACCUCCUCUCAGGUGACGAUAACUCUGCAGGGCACGGAGGGAGAGAGUGAGCCCCACCACCUGACAGACCCUGAGAAGCCCGUGUUUGAGAGGUGUGGGGUGGACAUGUUUCUGAUGACCACUCACUUCUCCCUCGGGGAUCUGCAGAGCAUCAGAAUGUGGCACGACAACUCGGGAGCACAUCCUGCGUGGUAUGUCAACAAAGUCAUGGUGCAGGAUCUGGAGAGCGGUCAGAAAUGGCACUUCCUGUGUAACUCCUGGCUGGCUAUAGACGUUGGGGAGUGUACACUUGACAAAGUCUUCCCAGUAGCAACAGAGAUGGAUUUGAAGAGGUUUAGUAACCUGUUCUUUAUGAAGACCGCAAAGGAUUUCCGUGACGGCCACAUUUGGUUCUCUGUGAUCAGUCGGCCCCCCUGCAGCACUUUCACUCGUGUGCAGCGAGUCUCUUGCUGCUUUUCCCUGCUGCUGUGCACCAUGCUGACCAGCAUCAUGUUUUGGGGUAUCCCCACUGACCCCUCUGAGCAGACAAUGGACCUUGGUCACAUCGAGUUCACAUGGCAACAAGUUAUGAUUGGAAUUCAAAGCUCGAUCAUCAUGUUUCCCAUCAAUCUCCUUAUUGUGAGCAUCUUCAGAAACACUCGUCCCCGAGAGAAGGCACCCGCCAAAACAGACGCAUCCAAACAGGCCAAGACUGGUCGUGUCUCUCCGUCACAGACCUAUUCUCCUCAGAAAGAGCCGAAGGACAUCACACCAGACACUGUCAUCAAGGACAUAAAGAGGAUCGCUCAGUCUCUCUCAAAGGCCAUGAAGAGUCCGCUGCCUGACCUGCAGCUCCGGCCCGGUCAGCAGGUAGACAUCAACACUCUGCUGUCUUUGGUGGAGAACAUUAUCAGACAGCAGAACCGGGCGGCCAGAGACUUUUACACUGACGCCUCCAAAAGCGAUCGCUCCAUGAUCCUCAGUUUAGGUGCCGUUAAUCUGCAAGAAACCCGAGGAUGCAGCAGCCCAGAGAAGACCUCAGAUGAUGCUCAGAAGAAGAGCACCAACACCAGGUACCUGUACAGGCAGCUACGUCAUGUUGAGAAGGAGCUGGGUUUGUUGGGACCUUCUCGGUUUCCAAAUCCAGACAGCUACAAUCGGGCCAUGCAGCAAGUCCAGGGAAUGAAGGGUCUCCUGGAGUACCACCUCCCCUCAUCCAGCCUGGAAGGAGACCAGCUGGACCGCAGUCCGAGUCCAGAAGAGAGCAUUGCGGGAGGGUCCAGCAAGAAGUGCUGUCAGGGAGGGCUGCCAUGGUGGUUUGUGUUUGUUGGCUGGACGCUUGUGAUUGCAACCAGCUGUGUGUCGGGAUACUUCACCAUGAUGUACGGGCUGACGUAUGGGAAAGAGCGCUCUAUAAGCUGGCUAAUCUCCAUGCUGGUCUCCUUCUUUGAGAGCCUCUUCAUCACUCAGCCAUUGAAGGUUCUUGGUUUUGCAGCUUUCUUCGCUCUUGUUCUGAAAAAAGUUGAUCAGGAGGAGUAUGGAGAGCCUCAGAUAGAUGACAGUCUGAGAAACACAGAUGAUCCAGACAUGGUCCGUGCAGCCAGAAGAGACAGUACAUGCAGUUUCUAUCAGCCACCGCCUCCCACUGACAUCGAGAGGAUGAGAAACAACAUGAUAAAAGAGCAGAGAGUCUUCGCCCUAAUAAAAGAGAUUCUAACCUACAUGGGCUUCAUGUGGAUGCUUCUCUUGGUGGCGUACGGUCAGAGGGACCCAAACGCCUACUUUCUGACCCAACACGUUCGACAGAGCUUCAGCAAAGGCAUCUCAGACAGCAUGAGCAUUCAGGAUGUGUUCGACUGGGCAAACACAACUCUGCUGAGCAGCCUGUUUGGAGAGUACCCAGGAUUCAUCACAGACGGAAACUCCAAACUUGUUGGGAACGCUCGCCUCCGCCAGCUGAGGGUGCAAAAAGGCUCCUGCAAUGUGCCCCUCUCUAUGCAGCAGUCUAAUAAGGACUGCCACGCUCCAUACUCAUGGGAGCUGGAGGACAUGGGCUCCUACAGUCCAGGCUGGAGCAGUGCCGUGCAGGAUAACUCUUCUCUGAACCUUCAGAGCCCAUGGACGUACCAGUCUCAGGGCAAACUGAGGGCCUUACCCAUCUGGGGCAGUGUGAGGCUCUACAGAGGAGGAGGGUUUGUGAUGGAUUUGGGACCUGAUUUACAAAACUCCAGCAGAUCCCUUCAGUACCUUUAUGAUAACACCUGGUUUGACGUGUACACCCAAGCCAUCUUUGUGGAGUUCACUGUGUACAACGCUAAUGUUAACCUCUUCUGCAUUGUCACCCUGCUGCUGGAGACCACAGCUACAGGAGCUUUCCAGUUUCGCAGCGAGCUACAGAAUGUGCGUCUUUACCAGUCCACUGGCGGCCUUCACAUCUUUGUCAUGGCCUCUGAAGUCAUUUACUUCCUCUUCGUCAUGUAUUACAUGUUUGUCCAGGGUAAACUGAUGAAGCAGCACAGGUGGGCUUAUUUUAAGAGCAAGUGGAACCUGCUCGAGCUGGGGAUCAUCAUCCUCAGCUGGAGCGCGAUGUCUGUCUUCAUCAAGAGGACUGUACUCGGAAUGCAGAACAUCGAGUACUACCAGAACCACAAAGAUCAAUAUGCCAGUUUCCAUGAGACAGCCAAGGCUGAUGCAGUGCUGGGGUAUCUGAUUGCCUUCUUGGUCUUGUUAGCUACAGUCAAACUGUGGCACCUGCUGAGACUGAACCCAAAGCUGCACAUGAUCACGGCCACACUGCAGCGAGCCUGGACUGAUAUUUCAGGCUUCCUGGUGGUCAUGACCAUUAUGUUCUUGGCCUACUCCAUCGCUUCUAACCUGAUGUAUGGCUGGAAGCUGUACUCCUAUCGGACUCUGCUGGAUGCUGGAUUGACCAUGGUCAGCCUGCAGCUAGGCAUCUUUAACUAUGAAGAGGUUCUGAAUUACAAUCCAGUGCUGGGCGCCUUCCUCAUCGGCUCCUGCAUUGUGUUCAUGACCUUUGUUGUGCUGAAUCUCUUUAUCUCUGUCAUUCUGGUGGCAUUCAGUCAAGAGCAGAAACAUCACAAGCCAUCAGAGGAGGAAGAAAUUGUGGACCUGAUGCUGAUGAAAAUCUGCAGUUUGUUUGGAGUAAAAAGUAAGAAACAAGGUGAUGAAGGCCAAACUGAGGGGUCAAAUAAUGGACUCUCAACAAUUUCCUCUGGAAGUAUUUGAAAUAUUGAUUGGGUUCGAAAAUCUUGCUUUUCGUAGCUUGCUUUGUGAUUGCUUUACACUGAAUAUAAGCCCUUGCAAAUCUAUAAAUGAUUAGAAUUUUAUUUUACCACUUAAGUAAAUUAUAAUGCUAUUGUAGUAAAAAAAAAAUAACAAACAGAAAAAAUAGAAAUUGAGGAUAAUCCUUGUGUAAAGUUCUUACUGUUUGUAAG